UCGCGGCUCUGUACAUGCUCCUCCUACCCACCACAUUUGCGAAGGCCGCCAUUCCUUUUGUGCCCACCUUCCGCCGCCCCUCUUCUCCCCAUUUUGUUCUGUCGGGCUGCCGCUCGACGAUGGUUGCAAACGGAGAAGAACGAAAAGCUGCUGUUGAUGCGGAAGGGGAUCUGCCCGCAACCAAGAUCCGGAAGGUCGUUCAGAGCUACGGAGAUUCCCAUCGUGCCCUAUUCCUGAGGGUGAAGAAGCUUUCUCCAAAUGCCGUGCUGCCAUCUAGGGGUUCACCUCUUGCCGCAGGCUACGAUCUCUCCAGUGCCGUCGCGACGAGUGUUCCAGCAAGGGGGAAGGCUCUUGUAGCCACCGAUUUGAGCAUUGCCAUACCGGAGGGAACUUAUGCAAGAAUUGCACCCCGUUCCGGAUUGGCUUGGAAGCACUCGAUUGAUGUGGGUGCCGGGGUCAUUGAUGCUGAUUACCGUGGACCAGUUGGAGUUAUCCUCUUCAAUCAUUCCGAUUCAGACUUCCAAGUGAACGCCGGAGACAGGAUUGCCCAACUCGUUCUCGAGAAGAUCGUGACACCUGAUGUCUGUGAGGUCGAGGAUCUCGACUCCACUGCCAGAGGAACUGGGGGCUUCGGCUCUACCGGUGUCUGUAAAGCGACAACUGGACUUUAAUAUGUCUAUAGGCAAGCCAUUUGUUGACUUCGUGAACUAUAGUUACACAGUUUCUCUGUACCCUUUGUGGAGAAUCCAUGUUAUGUGCUUGUUGGUUCUGAUGCUUGCUUCCAUCUGCUUUGUGAAAAACAAACAUUUUGUUAUUUCUUA